UUCAGAAUGAGGUAAGGGAGAACAAGAAGAAGAUAAGAAACCCUAGAAAACAAUUUUUAUUUUUUUUUCAGAAAAUGACAUACGACACCCAGCAUGGGCAGCGUAUAUAAUUCCACUCCCUCUUCAUUCUCCCAAAAAGAAACAUAUCCAACCCAACCACAACAGCAUCACAUAGAGAGAGAGAGAGAGAGAGAGAGAAUGGAAGGAGAUAAUAGGAAUGAGGCAUAUAGAGAGUGCUUGAGAAACCAUGCAGCCAGCUUGGGGAGCUAUGCGACCGACGGGUGCGGCGAGUUCACAUUGGACGACACCUCCCCGGGCAGCCUCCAAUGCGCAGCGUGCGGCUGCCACCGCAACUUCCACCGGAAGAUGACCUACGUCUCCGCCCACGCCGGCAGUGGGGGGCUGAUGGUGUGCCGGUCCGGCGGCCGGGACAAUGCCGAGUUGUGCGGUGGGGAGCUCGUGGAGUAUGGGCGGGGGAGGCAGCUGAACAUGGCGGCAGAUUCGCCGGAGAGCGGCGGCGGCGGCAGCGGGGUGAAGAAGAGGUUCAGGACAAAGUUCACGACAGACCAGAAGGAGAAGAUGUUGGCGUUCGCGGAGAAGCUGGGGUGGAAGAUGCAGAGGAAGGAUGAGGAGGACGAGAUCGAGAGGUUUUGCCGGAGCGUUGGGGUGAGCAGGCAGGUGUUCAAGGUGUGGAUGCACAACCACAAGAACUCCUCUUCUUCCUCCACCUCUGCUUCCACAGGCAAUGCCUCCUCCCUCACCACUCAGUAGUACAGAAGAGAGAGAGAGAGAGAGAGAGAGAGAGAGAGAAGUAUUAACUACUAGUCAGUUUAUCUUUCAUUUUUUUUCUUUUCCGGGGGGUUCAUUUUUCUUUCUUCUUCUGCUGGUUUUGAAUUUUGUUUUCUCUAUAUUGUUCAUGAGGAGAAGGAUUAAGGAAAUCUCACAUGGUCUUGAAUCCCACUUUCUUCUUUUC